UCUCUUGUUUUCUUGAACCAAUAUAACUCAAGCUGAGGGCAAAUGGUUAAAAUUAGAAAAUAUUUUAGAGCACACGAAAACCAGUCGGGAAUUUCUAGAUCGUUCGUGACUGUGACCAUAAAUAAAUUCAAUUUGAACAGACAGAUACCCAAUUAAGAGCACUGUAAAAACUAAAUCGAUUAGUCAACGGAGGAAGAAAAAUGGCAGGAAGAAUGAUUGCGGGACAAGCGGUUGGGUUGCUGAGAGCCCGAGCAGCGGCUGCAGGGUCUCUCCGAACUCGAUCAGGCAUGGGCUUGUCCGUUGGCACCCUUCCCCCUCCUGAUAAACCGCUUCCAGUGCAAGAUGAACUCAUUUGGGAUGAUGGGAGUGCAUACCCAGAGCCUGUUUUGGAUCGAGUGGGACCUAUGGUUGGUAAGUAUGAAGCUCUGGUAUGGCUCUGUGGGGGGCUGAGCUUCUUUGGGCUUGUGGGACUCCUGGCAGUUUGGAAUGACAAGGCCUCUAAAAUUCCUUUUACUCCUCGUGAAUAUCCUUUUGACAAUCUACGGGUGGAGCUUGGUGGAGAUCCUAAUGCAAGCAAAGUAUAACAUGGUGAAAAUUGGUAUUCUUAUGUUCUUUGGAUGCCCUGUGGAUUUAUUGUUAAGGUGUGCAAAGACUCUUCGAACAUGAUAUGGCUUUCUUAAUUUUUGUAAAAGCUUGGACAAAAAUUGGUUGCUAAUAAAGUAGACUUUUCUGAUUGUUCACUUAAA